AUGAGCUAUUCGUCUUGUUCGGCCUGCACUUGUUCAUCAACAUCUCAUCAUCGGUUGAUCGCUAUCAUAUCUAUUUUACUUUUAAAUCCAUUACCGCUGGUUGAUUGUGUGCCAACUGAAAAAAGAAAUGCUAAUACAAGAUUACUACGGCAAAAGCGGCAAACCGAUUUUAAUAAUGGUGACAUGACGUUCAAGGAAAAUACUUUUUCACAGACAGAUGAAAUCAAUUUUGAAGGAUUAUUAGGUUGCAAAUAUGAUCCAAGUGUAUGCAAAAGAAAUGAAAUUUGUUUUGAUGAUGAGCUUUUCGGGCAAUGUUGGAAUGGUAAAGGAUCAUCGGGAAAAGCGCUUGUAUUGAACAAUGGUGUUGAUGGAAUACGAAAUGAUCAACUGAUGGCAUUAGAGUUAACUAGACAUUUUUUAAGUCGUUACCAUCUUGAUUGGACAGAUUAUAUGACGCAAUGUAUUCUUUUACGUAUAUUAACUGAUCAUCAUGAAUUGAAUCGAAAUUCAUUAGAAUUAUUUUAUAAUGAUUGCUUAAAUCAAGAUGAAUUAUUAGAUGAAUUUACGGAAAAGCAACAGGAAAAUAAUAUUAAACGUCGUCAAACUAAAAAGCAUACUACAUUUUAUCAUAAAGAUCCAUAUUCAUCUUUUUUUAAAUCUGGAAAUUUAUUUCAUGCUUAUGAUAAUUCAUUUGGUGUCCCAUCAUUUAUGAAAGACAAUAAAAAAUCACGCAUACAAGGAACACCUAAAAAACAAGUUUCUAUUCAUUCUAAUAACGAGGAUCUCGUAUUGAAAGAAAAACCAAUAGAAUUCAUCGCAGAAGAAUCUUCGAUGAAUGAACCAGCAAAAGUCUCAAUGCAUAUUAAGGAAACUCAUCCCGGUUUAACAGAAACAUUAAAAAUCAAUAGUAAUAAACAAUUAUUAAAAAUUUUAAGCUCGGAAACACUCAGACGUAAUAAUGUAACAUAUAAUAAUGGAACAGUGAACACUAACGAUGCAGAACGUUAUUUUCUAGUUGAAUCAACCCACGGCUACAUUGUUAUUAAUCGAGAUUUUGAAAAUCAAAAGGAAGGCGUUCGUCUCUUAGAGCUUAUUGCAGAAAUGAAUCUUUGGCCUGUAGAGAUAUUUACUGAAGUUAAUGUUGAUCGACAUCUAUUAACAUUUUAUGUUUUGGAUAAUGUUUAUCAAAUAAAUGCAAGUAGUGUUGCUAGUUCAGUCUUAAAUCAUCAGAAAACCAUUGAAAAUCGAUUGGAUAUCCACAUAAUCGACUCCGGCUUUGGCAAUCCUAAUCAAGGUACUAAAUUGGCAGUUGAACAGCAAAAUGGUUCACGUUUGGCAAUUGUCACGUGGGUUACUUGUCUUUGGAUUCUUUUUAUUAUGUGUUCGUUUGUCUUACUGUAUCUUAUGAAACGCAAUGAUCGUAUUCUGAAUAAGAUGACUGAAAUAAUACAUCAGAAAGAUUCUUCAAGUGGUUAUUCUGAAUAUUUUCGCCAACUAAUUAUCCAACCAACAGCAACAACAACAACAACAACAAGUGGCGAAGUACAGAAAACAAGUAGUUUAGGUACGCAAACAGUACCAGUCAAUAGUAAGGCAAAACGUAUUAGUGAAGUUUCAUCAUCACGAAGUUCAACCUCAGCUUACGCCGAUGAAUCGGCUACUUCGUUAAAUGUGGAUAUUAUGGUAGGUCAUUUGAUUCUAUCUUAUGUAGAAGAUCAUCUAUGCAAUCGAAAUCGUUUAGAAUCCGAAUGGGAAUCAUUUUGUGCCAAUAAACUCGAUGAUGAACAAGCAACAACAUCAUGUUCUGUAGCACUUUUAGAAAUGAAUGAACACAAGAAUCGCUAUAUGGAUUGCAUACCGUAUGAUCAUAAUCGUGUUCAACUGGCAAGCGAUGACAAUAGUGAUUAUAUUAAUGCAAGUACAAUUUUUGAUUCUGAUCCAAAAUGCAAAUAUAUCGCAACGCAAGGUCCAAUGUCGAACACAACCAAUGCAUUUUGGCAAAUGGUUUGGGAACAAGGUUCAUGUGUGAUUGUAGCGUUAACUCGACCUAUUGAAAAUGGUAUUACAAUGUGCCAUCAUUAUUGGCCAGUAGAAGGUUCUAUACAAUAUGAUGAUUUUGAAGUUAAUCUUGUUUCGGAACAUAUAUAUUCGGAUGAUUAUGUUGUUCGAAAUUUUUAUUUCGCAAAUAUUCAAACCAUGGAAACACGUACUAUAACACAAUUUCAUUUUCUGACCUGGGAUGAAUUAUGUAAUCCACCAUCAACUAAAGCUAUACUUGACUUUCGACGAAAAGUGAACAAAUGUUGUCGUGGAACAUCGGCACCGCUUAUUGUUCACUGCAAUGAUGGUGUUGGACGUACUGGUACUUAUCUAGUACUCGAUAUUGUCUUAAAUUGUAUUCAGAGAGGAGCACGAGAAAUAAAUAUUCCUGCUACACUUGAACAUAUUCGUGGCCAACGAGAUAAAAUGAUUAAAACAAAAGAGCAAUUUGAAUUCGUCUUCAGUGCUGUAGCCGAAGAGGCUACCGAUUUAUUAAAAGCGUUGUCUCAAAAAGAUUGA